AUGGCCCCGCCGCCACUGCCCGCGCCUGCAAUCGAGGCAAAGAAGCUCGACAUCAACAGCCUCAUGUCGCCCCCAGACGCCAUUCACGACAGCUUCAGUCACCGCGCGCCCGCCAUGAAGAGAGGCCCGGCCAAGGUGGACAAUGCCCAAGGCCUCCAUGCGUCUUCGCCCAAGCAGCCACUCCCCAUGUCGCCCCCCGUCUCGCCCUACAGCAAACCCGUCGCGACCGCAAAUGCCUCAUCGAGAGUGCCGCCGGCGGGCCAGCACAUCAAAGACCCCGUCCUGUACCCCUCCGAUGAUAUUCCGCCGUCAAGCCCUCCCCAGGCGCCGCUCUUUGCGCCGGCCGAGCUGGAGCACCGGCGCAUCGUCGAUCAACAUGUGCGCGCCCGGUCGCAGAGCAUCUUUGCGGGCGUCGCACCGCCCCGCCGUGAGGACUAUGAGCUGGCCCUCAUGUUCCGCUCUCAAGUCAUGAAGCAUUACACGACGGAUCGCAAGGCUUGGCUGCGCAAGGAGCGAGCCCUCCUUGAGGCCGACCGGCUGGCAGGCGCCCAGCGAUACCAUGCCAUUAUGCCGGCCAAGCCCAUUACGGCCAAGCCUGCCCGCUCGCAACGUGCCGAGCGAGUUACCAAGAACCAGGGUGCCCCGCGGCAGAUCCGCAAUCAUGGCGCGGCUCCCGCGCGACCAGCGAGACCCGCCGGUCGUGUUAGCGCCACGCCCGAGCCGUCCCGCCGGAUCGUCGCGCCCAAUCGCGAGGACAAGGACUUUGACGCGCUGCCCAACUACUGCCCGCCGAUCGACUCGCUCCCCAACCGGCCCAACAGCCUCAAGGUGGACUGGAAGGGUCAGCCGAUUGACCUGGCCAAUGACCCAAACGCCCACCUGCUGCAUACGGACGAAGUGAUGCUGGCGGGCAACCUCCGGCUAGACUGCGCCACCUAUCUGACGAGCAAGCGGCGCAUCUUUGAGCGGCGUCUCCAGUGUCUGCGCACCGGCAAGGAGUUUCGCAAGACGGACGCGCAGCAGGCGUGCAAGAUUGACGUCAACAAGGCGUCAAAGCUCUGGACCGCCUUUGAAAAGGUGGGCUGGCUCGACGCCGAGUGGGUGCGCAAGUACCUGUGA